AUGGCGGACAGGGUGAUGUUUUCCGCUAGGCGGCACCACGAGGAGGAAACUACGAGGGAGUCGAUCUUUACCUACACCAACAACAACAACACAAGAGAUCCCUUUGUGGGGCCCAAUUACCACAUUGCUCCACGAUGGGUGUACAACGUCUGCACCGUCUGGAUGAUCUUUGUGGUCAUUGCUUCCCUCUUCACCAAUGGCCUGGUGCUGGUGGCUACAGCAAAGUUCAAGAAACUCAGGCACCCGCUCAACUGGAUCUUAGUGAACCUGGCCGUGGCUGACAUAGGGGAGACCAUCCUGGCCAGCACAGUAAGCAUCAUUAACCAGAUCUUCGGCUACUUCAUCCUGGGACACCCCAUGUGUAUAUUUGAGGGGUACGUCGUCUCUGUCUGCGGUAUUGCAGGUCUGUGGUCCCUAACGGUGAUUUCCUGGGAGAGAUGGGUGGUGGUCUGUAAGCCCUUUGGAAAUGUGCGGUUUGACGGGAAAUGGGCCACGGCUGGUAUCAUCUUCUCUUGGAUCUGGGCCAUCCUCUGGUGUGCACCUCCCAUAUUUGGCUGGAGCAGGUACUGGCCCCAUGGACUUAAGACUUCCUGUGGGCCAGAUGUCUUCAGUGGCAGCGAGGACCCUGGAGUGAAGUCCUACAUGAUCACACUGCUCUUCACGUGCUGCAUCCUACCACUGGCCAUCAUCAUCAUCUGCUACAUCUUUGUAUGGUCGGCCAUCCACAGCGUGGCCCAGCAGCAGAAGGACUCGGAGUCUACGCAGAAAGCGGAGAGGGAGGUCACCAGAAUGGUGAUCGUCAUGGUCGUGGCCUUCGUCAUCUGCUGGGGCCCCUACGCUACUUUCGCCACCUUCUCCGCCUGUAACCCGGGCUAUGCCUGGCACCCGCUGGCUGCAUCGUUACCCGCCUACUUUGCCAAGGGUGCCACCAUCUACAACCCAAUCAUUUAUGUCUUCAUGAACAGACAGUUUCGUAACUGCAUCCUGCAACUUUUUGGCAAAAAAGUAGAAGAUGGCUCUGAGACAACCAGCAGCAAUGCUACAGAAGUCUCCAGUGCCUCCUAGACCCACAUCCUCAACCUGCCAUGGUUCUUCACCCAGUCCCACAACAUGGAUGUGAUGAUGAUGAUGAUGAAGGAGCUCAUACUGAACUCAGAAAUCAUUUGCGUCUCACUGUUUAAGGAUUAUCCAAAUCAUUAGCUGCCAUCCAAGGAAUUCCAUUGUGGCACUAACCCAACAGAUCAGAAACUGAUGUGCAAUUUCAAUCAUAAUCAGUUUUUAAAAAUCCAUACCACCUAAAUUAGGAAACGUGGUACAUUUCCUGUAACUGGGAUGGGACGACGCAGAUCACACCUGUAGUUUCAUUCAUACUGUUUUGAUGCAUUGCUUAAGUUCCAUAUAACUGACAUGAAUGCAAAUUAAAAUAAUAAAAAAAACUAUAUAAUAGCUGCCAGUAUGUACAUGUUAUUGUAUUUUUUUCUAAAGCAAUAAAAUGGCAAGAAAUUAAAGGAAAAAAAUAUAUUUCUUUUGCCCAAUGGAUUUUUCCCUGGACAGCACGACAAACUGCUCUCAGAUCUACAGGCAAGCAUUCUCCUCAUACAACAAGGACUAAAUACCUUUGUCAAUACAAUUGAUCUGAUCAUGGGAUUUUAAGCAACACAAUUAUGUUCCUUCACAAAUUCCAUACUUGCCGCAAAUGUCCACCAAUGAAUGUCCUUUUUAAGCAACACGGUACAAAUGGCAAAUCACUUUACAUGCACUGGUCUGGGAUGGCCAAGAACUACUGGCUCAGAGUAAAAUAAAGAGAAUCAUGUAGGAUGAAGUGCAAAGCAUGCGGAAUAUCCUCCAGAUU